GAAAACAGUCCUCUUUCUUCCUGACCUAAGUUUAUCCUUUGUUCGAGAAAUGUGUGAGAUUGGAUCGAAAAAUGCUAUGGUUACAGCUUAACUCUGCAGAAAUCCGUGUUAUGUCUCGAGAACAAUUGUUGGUUAGGUUUGAAUUUUCACGUGCGAGAAACAAAAAAUCUUGAAGACAUAACUGCUUUAACUGUGCAACUUUGUACACGACGAUUCUAUAGAUUUCAAGAGAUGAUUCAAAUCUUUUUUUUUUUUUUACAGCAUUGUUCAAACAGACGAAAGCAUUGUUCCUAUUCUGUCGCUGGACAACGCCUCUCAAACAGAGAAAGAGUUAAAUAGCCUUGAUGUGCAAUCCACUGUCGCCCUGGAUGUUGACUUAGAAACUCAGAGACAGAACAUGUUCAUCAAAGCACUCAAAUUGUUGGCUAGGAAACUGCGUGUAAAGAGGGAAAUAUCCUCUGAACAAGAAAACAAAUUUGGCUUGGAAAUCAAGCAAGCAAUCGGCGCUGUGGCGUUUAAGAUGGCGGCGGAAUAUAAACGGAAAUCCGCUGAACUGAGGAACAGAUUGCAAAAGGAAGGAAAGAGUCGUUUGGAUGCCUUGCAUAGAGAACAAAGAAAAGAGAGAGAGGAAACAGAAAACAAAAUUAAAGGGCUUGUAAAUGAGCGGGAGAAGAAAAACAUUCUAGAGCUCCUGAAGAGGAGGCAAGACGCUCAAGAACAGGAACUGAAACAGAAUUUAAAACUGGAACAAGAUGUGGAGAUGGAAAAGCUUAGAAAGGAAGUAUCAAUCAGCAAGCGUUUUGCUUUGAAAGAGUCUCAGAACAAACUGAUACAGGACUUGAUCAAGGACUCCAAAUUGAAUGAGGAACAAGCGAGCGCCAUCAUGAAGAAUCACCUAUCCAACAUGGCCGCCAUUGACAAGGCGACGGACGAGGAACGAACUAGACGUGUUAUGGCGCUAGAGAUGAGACUAGCGGAGAGACGGGCUUUGGCGAGACAGAAACAAGAGGAAGAAGAACGCAAGAAGAAAGAUUUGGGAAAGCUUGAAGAAAACCAAGCUGAAGCACUAGAGAAUCUUGUUAGAUCAUCCAAUCUUAACUCCGAAGAUGCCGCCGUCUACCUUGAACGCUUCAGGAAAGAAGUGGAAGUUGUGGAUAAUAAGCUUGCAAAGGACAGAAAGCGACAGGAACAGAAAUUACACCAGAAACUGACGGCACUGAAGCAAAAGAGAAUCGAGGAAAAGGCGCGCGAGCAUCAACGGCAGAUGAAGGAGUUUGAAGAUCAACAAGAUGAGAAAUUUGAACAAGUAGAAAUCGACACUGUGGCCGCGAUAAGUGAAAAGCAGAAAAUGUUGCAAAAACAGCGGCAAGAAAUCGAAGAAAUAGAAAGGAAUUCAGACAGAGAGGCUGCCGAGGAAGUUGAAACUCUCAGAGAUCAACAGUUGCGCGAGGGGAACCAGAUGAUUAAAAACAAUGUCCAGAAAAUGUAUCAAGAGCUAGUGAACAAAGGUUUAUCCGAGUCUGAGAAGGAAGCCAUUUUGGAGCGACAUAUGGCAGAUGUUGCUAUGCAGCAAGACGCUAGAGAACAGGAACGAAGGCGGCAGAGAGAAAUGCUUGAAAAAAGAUUGGAAAAACAACGCGCCGCCUUGGAAAAGAAAAUGAAAGAGGAACAAGCUGAGCAAGCUGAAGUCAGAAAACAGGAGGACAAGAUAGUGGGAGAUUUGAUAGUCAAUCAAGUGGCCAUGUCGGAAGAAGAAAGAGACAGAAUCAUCCAGGAGCACGAGAGAAACCUUGCUGAACUAGAAAGCAGUCUCACUUUGAACAAGCUACGCCAACGGCAGAUGCUGGAAGACAAACUGGCAGAGCGAAGGAAAAGAAGAAUGCAGCAGUUAGAACAGAAGCAAAUGAACGAAACGAAGGUAUUGGCCGAUACGCUUGGAGCGUUGACUUCGUACCAUCACCAUCGAUUAUACGAAAUCAGCAACAGUGGAGGUUUAAACAGCGUCAGGAUCGUUCGCGAAGAAAUGCUCGCUGAGAGAUCCAAAAGACUCGAGGAACACCACGAGAAACUGGGUGCUAUAAUAGCAAAACUACAGAUCGAAAAGGCAAAACAGAGACACCAACUGCUUUUUUUUUGUCUUUUUCAGAACAUAAAGUUGAUUUCGAUUUUAGUCCAACAAGGCAAACUUCAAGAGGAAGAACUGGAAUCAGUGCUCAAGUUUCUGUUCCCCGCAAAGUCAUCGAACAAAAUUGACGAACUCCUAUCUAAGAUAUACGGCCCAGGCCACACGAAGGAGAGCAAACAGACCUCUCUUGAUCCAAGAAGACCAAGUGCAUUGGAGGCCAGGAUCCGUAGGGCAAGUGCAGCCCCUAUAACAACUCCGCCUCCAAUACGUGAGGUUCCUGAUCCGAAUCACAACCAAUAAGAAGACAGCUUAAGGCACGGACGUGACAUGCACAGGUCAGUUAGUGUGUGACGUCGACAUUGUGAACAAAUCACGCAACUUUGUCACGCAAUGACUUUUUUCGUUUAAAUCGUUUUCUAACAAAGCACCUGUAUCAUCGCUAUCUACCGUUUUGUGUGACCUUAACAAUGCACAAGCCACACAAACAGAUUUUGAUUGUGAGUUUAUUCGUUAUUUGAAUAUUUGCACUUGCACCUUGACGUACAGGUUAGUGUGUGACCUCCACAAUGAGCAAAAAUUACGCAAAAUUGUCACGCGCACUGAAUUUAGUUUCACUCUUAAUCACCAUUUUUGAAACUAGCACGAUUGAUUUGACGUAAUAAGGCACCAUUUUUUUGACCCAAGAAAAAGACUAACGGAUUAACAGACGCAAAAGCCUAACUGCUGUAUUCUAAAUGCUGCACUUAGAACUGACCUGUAACGUCUCUGCUGUAAGAUAAAUUUUAUGAUUUACUACAUCUUCUCCUUCUAUAGCUGUUAUUAUAUCCGCUUUGUCUUGUCUACGUGCAGCUCAUUAUCCAUACCACUAUUUGUUCUGAUGUACUCUGUUCUCUUGUAUUGUCCUGUCUCAUAACUUUAGUUCACCCUGCUCCCCUGUUCAUGCUGUUUUCGCCCUUUUCUGACCUUUGACCUACACCUUAACAAACUCCUUAUUGCCAUCUCUAGAUUAUUUCGUUGCAAAGAGUUAAACCCGAGCCUCUUCAGCUCAUUAACCAAUCCGAGAAAGAGACAGAACGUAACGGGGGAUUUUCAGAUUUUGAGAUUCCAAACUAAUUUCAGGGUGCAAAGUCAUUUUAUUGUUGUGUUUGAACACAGAAAAUUCUUUCUUGCAAUGACAUU